AUGAGGAGAAUUAAUGAAUCACAAGCUAAACAGGUUGCUCUUGCUGCAGUAGAGCAGACUUUUCAGCAGUUUGGAGGUACUGGCAAAACCUUUACUUACAACUACAUUAUUAAGGAGAUCAUUGCUAGAAACAUGUCUGUUGCAAUUUGUGUUUGGACUGGCAUAGCAGCUACUUUACUACAAGAUCGUGGUAUUUUCAGACAAACUUUUCCCAUAGUAAAGCGUGCUCGACCAGCACAAGUAGUUGAGGUUUGUCUUAAAAGUUCUGUUAUAUGGCGCACUCUCCAGAUCUUUCAUCUCCGCACCAACAAGAGCGCAGGGCUACAAGAGGAAGCUUUUGCAAAUUGGUUGCUUGAAUUAGGCGAUGGAAGGUUGCCUGUAAAGCGCGAUGAUACACUGCAACGCUGCAUUGAAAUGCCUCUUGAGUGUGUCCUUCAACGCAAUGAGGACCACAUUCAAGCUAUUUUUGAUGAUGCUGCAGCAGCUGAUUUUAGGCGUCGUGUUAUUUUGACACCAACAAAUGAUGAAGCUCUAGAAAUUAAUGACCUCAUUUUAGAAACACUUCCCGGGGAAAUGCUAACUCAUUUUUCCAUUGAUUCAUUUGUUUUAGACAACCCUAAAGACAUUCCUAAAAAAUGGAUUGUGAAAUGGCACAAGAUUAGUUGUUUGCCACAUGUUCUUAAUUGUGAAGUUCUUACUGGGAUUGCUGCAAGUUGUCGCGUACUGAUUCCACGCAUUGCACUUGCUCCCAAUGACACUAACUUGAAACUUCAAGUUAAACGUGUUCAGUUUCCAUUACGUCUUUCGUACGCCUUGACUAUAAACAAAAAUUAA